AUGUUAUCUGACAAUAAAACAAUAAGACUGUUUGUUAGUGGAUUUGGCGGUACUGGUAAAAGUUACUUGAUUGAAAACUUGGUAAUAUGGAACAAACUAAAAAGAAAGAAAAAUAUCGCUGUUGCUGCUCCGACUGGUAUUGCAGCAUUUAAUAUUCAAGGCCUAACAGUCCAUAGGUUAUUACAAUUACCUGUAGAGCAAGGAGACACGGCAAAAUAUAAACCUUUAUCCGAUAAUGCAUUGAAAAGAAUACGUCAAAGUUUAAAGGAUAUUCAUAUUGUAGUAUUUGGCGAUUUACUUCAAUUGCCACCUGUACGAGAAGAAUUUGCUUUUAUUCCACUGACAAAAGCACAAAUUAAUAAAUAUAUUAAAGGCAUGUUGUCAUUCAAUUUGUGGACUUUGUUUAAAUAUGAGGAAUUGAAUAUAAAUAUGAGGCAGAAAACUGAUAAAGUUUACUCAGAAAUUUUAGGGAAAUUAAGAUUGGGUUAUUUAGCUAAUUCGGAUAUAGAAACUUUACUGAAGAGAAAAAUUUCUUUUUCCAGCCAUACUCCGUCAAUUUCUCUUCAUGAAUUGUACGAAUAUUUGAAUAAUUUGCCUAGCAACACAAGAUUAGAAAAACGUAUUUUGAAAAUGUUAAACGAAGAUGAUGACAACGCUUGUGGAAUUUCUCAAGUAAUCACAAUCAAAAUAGGUUGCAAGAUUAUGAUACGGAGAAAUAUCGAUGUGUCUGUCGGAUUAGUUAAUGGAACUAUAGCAACAGUUAUUGCAGUGAACAAAGGAAAAACAGGUAUAGAUAGCAUUGCUAUUAGACUUGAAUCAAAUCAAGAUUAUGCUAUUACUAUUCAUAAAAGCCAAGGUUUAAAUUUAGAAAAUGCCGUUGUUGAAGCUGGAAACAGCAUUUUUAGUUGUGGACAAACGUACGUAGCUUUAUCUAGAAUUACCAAAUUAGAAGGUUUGCAUUUAAUUAAUUUUGAUCCUUCUAGUGUUAAAGCUGAUGAGUCGGCUAUAAGAGAAUAA